AUGAGUGUCCACACCCCACCCAGACUCGUUGACCUGGCGGGAAUGCGCCUGCUGAGGGACAAUGACUUGGACUUUUCUACUCUGGAGAGUCUGCCCAUAGAGCUCUUCCCACCACUCUUCCUGGAAGCCUUCCAUGGGAGACGUGUUGAGACGCUGAAAGCAAUGGUGCAAACCUGGCCCUUUGUCCGCCUGCCUGUGGGGGCCCUGAUUGACCCACCUCAUGUAGGGCCCCUACAAGCCAUGCUGGAAGCACUUGAUGCUCUGCUUGCCCAGAAGGUUCGAUCCAGGAGGUGCAAACUGCGGGUGCUAGAUUUACGAAAUACUGGCCAGAACUUCUGGAACAUGUGGUCCGGAGCCAGCAGUUAUGGGUGCUCAAGCUCACGAAUGGCACAAGUGACUGAGCCCAGGUCAAUGACAAAGCAGCACUUGGCUCCACUGAAGGUUUUCAUAGACCUGUGCCUGAAGGAAAAGACCCUGGACAACUUCCUCACCUACUUCCUUUGGUGGGUAGAGCAGAGAAAAUCUUCCAUCCACCUGUGUUGUAAGAAGCUGAAGAUUAUUUCAAUGCCAAUGGACAAUAUUGUGAAGAUCCUGAGCAUGGUGCAGCUGGGCUGUAUCCAGGAGAUGCAAGUGAGUUGCACAUGGAAUCUGUCCACCCUGGCCACAUUUGCUCCUUUCCUGGGUGAGAUGUGUAAUUUGCAAAGACUGGUUCUCUUCCCCAUCCACGUGUCUGCCUUCAAGAAGCAGGAAGAGCACCACAUUGUGCAAAUUACCUCUCAAUUUCUGAAGCUGGGCCACCUCCGGGAUCUCCAUCUGGAGUCUCCCUCCUUCCUUGAAGGCCACCUGGACCAGAUGCUCAGGUGCCUGAAGUCCCCCUUGGACAGCCUGUCAAUAAUCAGUUGCUGGCUUACAGAAUCAGAUUUGACCCACCUGUCCCAGAGCCCAGACAUCAGUCAGCUAAAGAGCCUGGACCUGAGCGGUGUCACCAUGACUGACUUUAAGCCUGAGCUCCUCCAAUUUCUGCUGGAGAAAGUUGCAGCCAACAUGCAGGAACUGGACUUUGACAUGUGUGGGAUCAUGGACUCCCAGCUGGAGGCCUCCCUGCCUGCCCUGAGCCGCUGCUCCCAGCUCAGGUCCUUCAGCCUGUGUGGGAACCUCCUGUCCACGGCCGGCAUGGAGAAGCUGCUGCAACACACCACUGUGCUGCCCUGUUUAAGGCAAGAGCGUUAUCCUGCCCCUCAGGAGACUUACAGACCUUGGGGUGUUCUCCUGGAAGCGAGACUUGCCCAGCUUCGGGCUCAGCUGUUGGAGAUUCUGAGAGACUUGGGACGUCUCAGGAUCAUCUGGAUUAGCCUCAGCCCCUGUCCUCGCUGUGAUGAGGCUGUAUGCCAUCACAUGGAGCCCAUUAUAUACAGCUGUCCUGCCCCUGCCUAG